UCUUUUUUUUUUUUAAAAAUUCUUCCAUAAUUUUUCUAAGUGAAUAUUAGUUAUUUAUUUGUAACACAAAAAUCUCCUGAUUAAUUAUUUAGGCAUUCAUGUCUCGCUUUCUGAAAAUCGGCUCUCACUCUUCUCCACCACUCUUUCAUUUUCAUCACUUGGGUUUCGGUGAAUUUCAAUAUGCCAGCAUUUCAAGGGUUUCUUUCAAGUAUAAGAAGAAGAAGAAGAAGAAUUGUUUUCUAAAUCAUGACAAUUCUCGAACCAUUUUCUCCAUUAACGCCUAUAACAAUGCCAGUGGUUUAUCGGAUGCUAACAACAGCUCACCAGAGCAUGAAGGUUCAUCAGAAAAUACAGAAAGCAGUCAAGCAAAAUCAUUCUCAUCUAAUGAGGUAUUGGAGAAAUUAAGGAGAUAUGGAAUAUCUGGAAUAUUGUCGUAUGGCCUACUAAACACGGCCUACUACCUUAUGACAUUUCUCUUUGUGUGGUUUUAUGUUGCUCCGGCACCUGGAAGAAUAGGUUAUGUUGCAGCUGUUGAGAGAUUUCUCAAAGUAAUGGCCAUGGUGUGGGCUGGAAGCCAAGUUACUAAGCUUCUAAGAGCCGGAGGGGCUCUUGCACUUGCACCUGUUGUAGACAAAGGAUUGUCCUGGUUCACCGUCAAAUUUAAAUUUGAAUCUCAGGGAAAGGCUUUCAUGGCGAUUGUUGGAUUUUGUUUUGGUCUCGCUCUCAUUCUAUUUUUUGCUAUAACAUUGUUUUCUGCAUGAAGCAGACUACUAUUUCUCUUAAUUUGUCCUUUGCUUUGUUGAAGAGAGCCUUCUUCACAUUUGUGUUUCUUCCAAUUAGUAACUCUUUAUAUUGCAAACACAGCGAUUCUGUAAUGCAAGUCUAAUAAAGUUAAUUUUGUUAUUCAA